GUGUACAAUGAGCUCCGUCUGCAUCAACAGCUUUGUGACGUGGUCAUCAGAGUGGACGGCGUUGAAUUUCACGCGCACAAGGUCAUCCUCUGCAACUGCAGCCCGUACUUCAGAGCCCUCUUCACCCGCUGGUCGACCCCAGACUGUAGGGUCUUUGACAUUAACAAUGUGUCACCUGACAUGAUGGAGCUCAUCAUUGAGUUUGCCUACACUGACCUUGUUCCCGUGACACAAGAGAAUAUACAACAGCUUUUUAUAGCAGCAGACCAGUUCAAUGUAAAGGGCGUCCUACAAGUGUGCAGUGACUUCCUAGAGGAGCAGCUGGCCCCGCAGAACUGCAUCGGCAUCUGGUGGUUUUCAGAGGUGUACUACAGCCCCGUGCUGAGACACAAGGCCUAUCUCUUCAUCCUGAAUCACUUUGAGGAGGUUGCCGACACCUCAGAGGAGUUCCUGCUGCUUCAAGGGCAGACACUUGUCCAAAUCAUUGAGAAUGACCAACUCAUUGUGAAGAGGGAGAAGAAGGUGUUUGAGGCCAUCAUUCGCUGGAUCGCCUACGCACCUGAGCAACGUAAAGAAUACAUCUCUCUGCUGCUGUCCAAUGUCAGGCUGGCCUUGAUGAGUCCGGAAUACAUCAUGAACAACGUGGCUAACAAUGAACUGGUCAAGGCAAGUGAAGCGUGUUCAACAAUUCUCAUCAGGGCCAUGGAGACCAUGCUCGACAUCCAAACGAGGAUGUUCUCUGACCCUUUGGCCCGUCCACGACUGCCCCCUGCUAUCCUGUUGGCUGUUGGAGGCUGGCGUGGAGGGAGUACUGUCAAUGGCAUUGAGGCGUAUGAUGUCUGUACUGGCCGCUGGGUCAGUGUAGCUAACAAUAACGAGGUUCCUCUGGCCUACCAUGGCAUUGCCUUCCUCAAUGGAUCACUUUACUGUAUUGGUGGCUUGGACAUAGCUGAACGGUUCAACACCGUGGACAGGUUCGACCUGGGCACACGAACCUGGCAGGAGGUGGCGCCAAUGCAUUCGAGACGCUGCUAUGUUAGCGUGACUGUGAUGGACGGGUACAUCUACGCCAUAGGAGGUUAUGAUGGACGAGAUCGACUUGCAACUGCAGAACGCUAUGAGCCCAUUACCAACCAGUGGACGUUGAUUGCAGCCAUGAACGAGCGGAGGAGUGACGCCAGUUGCGCGACUCAAGAUGACUUAUUACCCUUUAAUGCUCUCCAGGUGUACAUUUGUGGUGGCUUCAAUGGGGCAGAGUGCCUGUCAACAGUUGAAUGUUACAACCCAGAGACUGACCAGUGGACACUGAUCGCCUCCAUGAGCAUCGAGCGCAGUGGAAUUGGGGUCGUGGCCUAUGCCAACCGCAUCUUUGCAGUUGGUGGUUUCUCUGGAACCACCCGUCUGCACACUGUGGAGGCCUACAAUCCCCAAACUGACACCUGGCAAGCUGUGCCCUCCAUGCUGAAACCCCGCAGCAACUUUGGCAUCGCAGUGAUCGAUGACCGCCUCUUUGUAGUCGGAGGCUUCAACGGCUUCACCACCACCCCCGAUGUCGAGUGCUAUGACGUCCAAGCUGGUGAAUGGUCUUUUGUCCACAACAUGAAGAUCUCACGUAGCGCCCUGGCCUGCUGUGUGGUGCACGGAGUCCCCAACAUGGCCGUAUACACUGCCUUUCAUCAUUCCCUUCAAUUCUCCCAUGAGGAGGAGGAUGGAGAGUGA